UUACAGGUGUGAACCACUAUUUACAAAGUUUCACACUCCCUUAGGGAAUCCACUGGGAACACUUCUUCAUAGUGUCCGUGGAAAAGGUUAUGUGAUUUAAGAAACACUUGUAGUGUCUAUAUCAUUUAAUAUCUAGGAAUUUGUUGAUUUUUUAGGAUCUUUGGAUGAAUGGGUUUUUAAUUUUAUCCAGCUUAUUUAGAAGAAAUUGCCAUUCUUGCUUUAAAAGGUUUUCUUCUCGGAUCCCAGCGGCGCCGAGCGUCACGCUGCGCUCCCGCCCGGGGGUCAGUCACGGUCUGCGCCUGCGCAGGCCCCGGUUUGCCCGCCAUCCUAUCCUGCGGGACGCUGGCGGCGAUGAGUUAGGGAAAUGGACGCCUGGAGAACGGAAAUCCAGUUAUCAAAAUGGACUCGAGAAGAGAGAACCUAACGGAACAAUAACAAUGGAAGAAAUUGGGAACAUUAUCACAAAGCUAUCAUCCUGCCAAACUCCAGGCUCGGAUGAUGUCACAAGUUAAAAAAAGUCCUUCAUGAAAAAGAUCUUAAGCAACAUGAUGGAUUCAGAAGCUCAUGAAAAGAGGCCACCAGUACUUACAUCUUCAAAACAAGAUAUAUCACCUCAUAUUACAAAUGAUGGUGAAAUGAAGCAUUACUUGUGUGGCUGCUGCGCAGCCUUCAACAACGUCGCAAUCACAUAUCCCAUUCAGAAGGUCCUCUUUCGACAACAGCUGUAUGGCAUCCAAACCCGGGAUGCAAUACUUCAGUUGAGAAGGGAUGGAUUUCGAAAUUUGUAUCGUGGAAUCCUUCCCCCAUUGAUGCAGAAGACAACUACACUUUCACUUAUGUUUGGUCUGUAUGAGGAUUUAUCCUGCCUUCUCCACAAGCAUGUCAGUGCUCCAGAGUUUGCAACCCGUGGUGUGGCGGCAGUGCUUGCGGGGACAACAGAAGCAAUUUUCACUCCACUGGAAAGAGUUCAGACAUUGCUUCAAGACCACAAGCAUCAUGACAAAUUUACCAACACUUAUCAGGCUUUCAAGGCCCUGAAAUGUUAUGGAAUUGGAGAGUAUUAUCGAGGCUUGGCGCCCAUUCUUUUCCGGAAUGGACUCAGCAAUGUGUUGUUUUUCGGCCUUCGAGGUCCCAUUAAGGAGCAUCUGCCUACGGCAACGACUCCCAGUGCUCAUUUUGUCAAUGAUUUUAUCAGUGGAGGUCUAUUGGGUGCCAUGUUGGGAUUCUUGAUUUUUCCAAUUAAUGUUGUAAAAACUCGCAUACAGUCUCAGAUUGGUGGGGAAUUUCAGUCUUUCCCCAAGGUUUUCCAAAAAAUCUGGCUGGAACGGGACAGAAAACUGAUAAAUCUUUUCAGAGGUGCUCAUCUGAAUUACCAUCGGUCCAUUAUCUCUUGGGGCAUAAUCAAUGCAACUUACGAGUUCUUGUUAAAGGUUAUAUGAAAAAACCCAUCAGUUAAGUGCCAUUUAUCAACUGAAUAGACCUUCUAAGAAGAAUGCGGUUUGGCCUCUUUCUUAAUUGGCCAAACACAAGUUGGUGUCAUAACUCCAGGCCACAGUGAGUUAUGGGCAAAGCUGUUUUCCUUAAGCAUCAACAAAACAGAAUAAAAUGUUCCAAUAGGAAAAUAUAAGGGUUUUAUUUGUUUGUUUUGGUUUUUGUCAUUAC